AUGCAGCCCUCUUCCAAAAACGAGUGUGACCACAUUGAGAGUGCCAAGGUCAUUGCGUCCUCUUCGCAGCCUCUGUCCUCCGAUGCCGAAAAGGAGCGCCGCCUUGUUCGCAAGCUCGACCGGACCAUCCUCGUCUGGAUAAUGAUAUUGUAUCUGCUCUCAUAUCUUGACCGGAGCAACAUCGGAAACGCCCGUAACAUUGGCCUCGCCACCGAUUUGCAUCUCAACAGCUCCAUGUACCAACUCGCGUCGGCCUCAUUUUAUAUUGGGACAUUCCUCUUUGGCACGAUCGGGGGCCUCAUGCUCAAGGUCAUCAAGCCUUCUACUUGGCUCGGUCUUUGCGCCAUCGGAUGGGGCUCCCCAUUCGCUUCUUCUUGGGAGUUUUUUGAAGCAUCAUUCGCACCAGGCUGUGCCCUGUAUUUGAGUUUCUGGUAUCUCAAGUCCGAGCUCUCCCUACGCAUCGCAGCAUACGCGGGAAUGAGCGCCGCAAGCGGCGUGAUAUCGGGUCUCAUUGCGUACGGUGUUGGCAAUGCUGGAUUCCACAAACCUGCUGCGUGGCAGGUAUUGUUCAUGGUUGAGGGUUUACCCACUAUUGUGUUUGGUCUGCUGACAUUUUGGGUUCCUCCCGGCCGCCCUGAGAUGGGCAAAUCACACUGGUUCACAGAUGAAGAGCACUUGAUCAUUUUGAGCCGUCGGACUCGAUUUACCAAGAACUCGGACGAUGGAAUCAACUGGGUUCAGAUAAGAGGCGCUUUCAAAGACUACCGCCUGUAUCUUUUCGUCUUCAUCUACUCUGGGCUAUCCUUGUCUCUUGCUGUCAGUGCGGUGUUCCUACCAACCAUUGUGGGCACACUGGGCUAUAAAUCAGUCGAGGCCAACUUGAUGACAGCCCCUGUGUACGGCGUUGCAUACUUUGUCCUGCUCGUUACUGCCUGGUUGUCGGACCGUUUCCGUAUGAGAGGACCCUUUAUCGCGCUUGGGGGAUUGAUUGCUGGUAUUGGCUACAUACUACUGGGCACCCUCAGCGACCAAAAGUCCCGUUAUGGUGUCUGCAUAUUAGCCAUUGCUGGAACGUACAUGGCAUUUCCUCUAACCCUAGCCUGGAUCUCAUCUACAUUUGCGGGAGAUAGCAAAGCUGGCACUGGUAUUGGUGUUGUGAUUGCUGUCACUCAUGCUGUUGGUGUUGCAGCGUCCACCAUUUACCCUGCCGAGGAUGCUCCCCACUACCUGAUGGGCAACGCCGUUUCUGGUGCUCUGACGCUUACCACGGCAGUUGCUGCAAUUUUAAUGAGCUUUUUGUUAUUUAGAGAAAACAGGUCGAGGGACAAGAAGUAUGGACGCCCCGAAAUUGGUAUUCCGAUUGACAUGGGCGGCGACGCCGACAUGGCCCGGGAUUACCGAUACGAGCUCUAG